UUUCACUGCCUUCUUUGUUGGGGAGUGCUUUAUUUUUGCUGCUCUCUCAUCUGUGUUCAUCCAAAACAGAGAGAAAAACUGAAAGAUGAAGGUUCAUGAAAAGAGAUCCCAUUCUCACGCUCAUGGUUCUGGUGAAGAAGAAAAGAUAAUGACAAGGAAACAAAAGGCAGAGAGCAAGACACAUGAAAAUGAACAAUCACCUAAGAAAGUGAAGUCUGAAGACGAAAAUGGGUGCCCGAACUGCAAAUCUGAAACCGAUCUUGCAGACGAGUUUGAAUCGUUCUGUAAAGCUACAAGAGAGAGUAUUUCCAUUGAUCAAAUGAAAGAGAUUCUGCAAAUGAAUGAGCAAGACUCCACUGGCCCUGACUAUGAGGUUGCUUCUAAAUGUCAAGACUUGCUGUUCUAUGGUGCCCUAGAAGGUUGCCCAGUCUGUAGUGGCAACCUGGUAUUUGAUGGGAAACGCUAUGCCUGCAAUGGAUUUCUAAGCGAAUGGUCUACUUGUACCUUCAAAACCAAGGAUCCACCUAGGAAAAAUGAAACCAAUAAGUUACCAGAAUCAGUCUUGAAUUCUCCCAUAUCAGAUUUGAUAAAGAAGUAUCAAAAUCCAGGUCAACGUCGUAAGAGAAAUCUUGGCCAAUCAGAUAAACCCUUCUCAGGAAUGACAAUUUCACUCUCUGGUCGUCUUUCGAGAACUCAUCAUUACUGGAGAAAAGAAAUUGAGAAGCAUGGAGGGACUGUUAACAAUUCUGUUAUAGGUGUCAGUUGUUUGGUUGUCUCUCCUGCCGAGAGAGAACGUGGUGGAUCUUCCAAAGUUGCAGAAGCAGUUGAAAGAGGAAUACGGGUCGUUCGAGAAGCUUGGCUGCUUGAUAGCAUUGAGAAGCAAGAAGCUCAACCACUGGAAGCUUAUGAUAUUGUAACAGAUCUCACUGUCGAAGGCAAAGGGAUCCCUUGGGACAAACAAGAUCCAUCUGAAGAGGCACUUGAAUCACUCACAGCUGAACUCAAAUUAUAUGGAAAGAGAGGGGUUUACAAGGAUACCAAAUUACAAGAACAAGGUGGAGAGAUAUUUGAAAAGGACGGGAUCUUGUACAAUUGCGCCUUUUCGCUUUGUGAUCAAGGCCGAGGACUUAAUGAGUAUUGUAUUACUCAACUGAUCAAAGUACCUGAUAAGAACUUGCAUCUGUUCUAUAAGAAAGGAAAAGUUGGCGAUAAUCCCAACGCAGAGGAAAGGCUGGAGGAAUGGGAAAACGAGGGAAAUGCUAUAAAGGAGUUUGUGCGGCUGUUCGAGGAAAUAACUGGAAAUGAAUUCGAGCCAUGGGAAAGGGAGAAGAAGUUUGAGAAGAAACGCUUGUCUUUCUAUCCCAUCGAUAUGGAUGAUGGUGUGGAUGUGAGACAUGGAGGGCUUGGUCUUCGGCAGCUAGGAGUUGCAUCUGUUCACAGCAAGCUUGAGCCAGUGGUUGCCAACUUUAUGAAGGUUUUGUGUAGCCAAGAGAUUUACAAGUAUGCUCUUAUGGAGAUGGGGCAUGACCCUCCGGAGUUCCCGAUGGGAAUGCUUUCUAAUCUUCACUUGAAGAGAUGCGAAGAGGUCCUUCUGGAAUUCAUAGAGAAAGUAAAAUCAAUGAAAGAGACGGGACUUAAGGCUGAAGCUGUUUGGACAGAUUACAGUAAUAGAUGGUUCACUCUCAUGCACUCUACCAGACCUUUGAUCUUCAAGGACUAUCAAGAAAUUGCUGAACAUGCUGCGGCUGUGUUGGAGAGUGUUCGAGAUAUAACAGUGGCUUCACAUCUCAUUGGCGACAUGACUGGAUCUACCAUUGACGAUCCACUCUCGGAUCGAUAUAAGAAACUGGGUGGUUCUAUUUCCCUUCUGGACAAGGAUUCAGAUGACUAUAAAAUGAUUGUGAACUAUCUAGAGAAAACCUACGAACCUGUGAAAGUUGGAGAUAUUGAAUAUGGAGUGAGUGUUGACAACAUUUUUUCUGUAGAAUCAGCAGCUCUCCCCAGCUACGAAGAGAUAAAGAAGCUACCAAAUAAAGUCCUCUUGUGGUGUGGCACCCGGAGUUCGAAUCUCUUGAGGCAUUUGCACAAAGGCUUCUUGCCAGCAAUAUGCUCUCUUCCAGUCCCGGGUUACAUGUUCGGCCGAGCAAUUGUGUGCUCUGAUGCUGCGGCGGAGGCAGCUAGAUACGGUUUUACUGCCGUAGACAGGCCAGAAGGUUUUUUGGUCCUGGCUAUUGUUUCUCUCGGGGAAGAGAUGAUAGAGAUAACAAGCCCACCUGAGGACACAAAAUCAUUAGAGGAGAAGAAGAUGGGAGUGAAAGCAUUGGGUAGGAAGAAGACAGACGAAUCAGAACACUUUGUUUGGAAGGAUGAUAUUAGAGUUCCAUGUGGAACUUUGAUCGCAUCAGAGCACAAAGAUAGCCCUCUUGAAUACAAUGAGUAUUCUGUCUACGAUACCAAGCAGGCGAGUAUAAGGUUCUUGGUGGGGGUGAAGUACGAGGAGAAAGAGGUGGUGAUGGACACAAAGGAAUGAAGGGAAAUUGAAGCAGAUAUCGAAGCAUUCCCUGCAUAUAUCUCUACUGUCCCUUUUGUGCCUUUUUUGUACGGAGAGUUGAUUCACAUCACAAUGUAAAUAUAAUCAUCUCUAACCUGUUGUAGUGCUCAGUUUCUGUGGUGCCUUUUCCAUCGUCUUUCUUAGCUCAGCUUAGUUUCAAUUAGGAAGUCUGCACGACAGUAUGAUGUUAUAGGCUAAGGUCACCUUUUGGUGUUACAAAGCUAUAGUGUUCAACAUUCGAGUAAA